AUGCAUAUCUUUGCUUUCCUUGAAACGAUUUCCUUUCGAUUGUCUUCCUUCUCGGAAUUAUCUAUUUUUUGUAAAUUAUCUAUUUACCUUUUUUCAAAAUUAUCUAUCUAUCUAUCUAUCUCUCUAUCUAUCUAUCUAUUUUCAAGAAAUUAUCUAUCUACCUAUUUUCAAGAAAUUAUAUCUAUCUAUUUUUGUAAAUUAUCUAUCUAUCUAUCUAUCUAUCUAUCUAUCUAUCUAUCUAUCUAUCUAUCUCAAAAUUAUCUAUCUAUCUAUCUAUCUAUCUAUCUAUCUAUCUAUCUAUCUAUCUAUCUAUCUAUCUAUCUAUAUAUAUAUAUAUAUAUAUAUAUAUAUAUAUAUAUUGGGGUGGAAUUAUCUAUUUUUGUAAAUUAUCUAUCUACCUAUUUUCAAGAAAUUAUCUCUCUAUCUAUCUAUUUUUGUAAAUUAUCUAUCUAUCUAUCUAUCUAUCUAUCUAUCUAUCUCAGUCUAUUCCUAUCUAUCUAUCUAUCUAUCUAUCUAUCUAUCUAUCUAGCUAGCUAG